AUGCUCCAGGCUAUGUUGGACUUCAGAAAUGCUGAUAUCCAGUAUAAAUGUAAUAACCGCGUGGAGCUGCUGAGGCUGGAGCAGUCUGUGGGAAGGGACGGUCACUCAGGUGCAGGUAAACACUCAACACUGAACAUGGCUGGCUCGGCGGUGGCUUCUAUUAUCCAGUGCCGGGGAAUAUCAACCUCGGCUGCCGUUCUGGGUAAAAGGAAUUUCAGGAAGUUUAUGGUAUACGGCAAAAGAGGAACUAAACUCUUUAAAAAGACUCCUUUCCGAGAAUUAGAUCCUGAAAUUCAGAAGGAAUUUGACAGGGGUGUGAGGCCUAUUGGUGUUACAGUUGGAAAAAAGUUCCAUGUUAUCCCGGAAAUGAUUCCAGAAUUGAUUGUUCCAAAUUUAAAUGGCUUUAAGCUCAAGCCUUAUGUGUCUUACCAAACACCAGAUGUUGUACAGAGCGAGUUUGGGCCACAAGACUUGUUCUAUGCAGUUUACAGUGAAAAGAUUGCCAAGGAUUUCAAGAAUGGUAAACUUGAUGAGAAUUACAAUUCACUAGAGCCAUCGGAUGAAGAGCAACUAACGGCAGAAGAGGCAAGCAAUAAGGCAUUAUCAAUAGGUGCAGAUCGACUUGCUUGAGGUCCAUUGUCUAGGUGUAAUUGGUUAUCCCAAGAAAUUUUUUCCUUUCACAUUGAAAGGGCAAUAUUUAGAAUUCAGUAGCCACCAGGGUACAAUUCUUUACAUACUAGAGGUACAAGCUAAUUCUAUUUAGUUUGAUGUAAAUACUUUAAAUAAAUUUAUGACACUGAAA